AUGUCAGCCACAAAUCAGCCUAACCCAAAACUUGAUACCAAGGGGGAUAGAGAUAUUUGCACGCCAAAUGAUGUUGAACACGUGAAAGCGCAGGAAGGCGAUCUACAAGAAGGCUCAACCGAAAAGCACGAGCCGUUGUACUGCAUCUUAUCCGAGACGGAGAAAAUUCUUACAAUAUGUACAUGCGCGUUGGUGACCUUCCUGAGUCCCAUAGCAGUUAGUAUAUAUUUACCCGCCUUGGGGUCAAUGGCGAGAGACAUACAUGUGUCAACUACCAAAAUCAACCUGACGAUAACUGCCUACAAGAUCUUCCAAGCUGUGUCUCCUCUGUUGACUGCCAGUUUCUCCGAUCUUAAUGGUCGUCGACCGGUCAUUAUAGCUUCUUUGCUCUUUUUCUUUGGGAGUAGCAUCGCACUUGCCCUUCAAACCGACUUUGCGGCUCUACUAGUUUUGCGCUGUGUCCAAGGAUUUGCUAGCGCCAGCAGUAUGGUGGUUUCCGGUGCUUCUAUGAUUGAUCUCGUUACCCGAGGAGAGCGAGGGAAAUACAUGCUAUACUCUUCGCUGGGAACCACUAUUGGACCAGCAAUUGGGCCAACGCUGGGUGGUAUCCUCACACAGUACCUAGGAUGGAGAAGUAUUUUCUGGUUUCUUGCCAUCACCGCAGGGGUGAUCAUCAUCACUAUGCUUUUAUUCUUGCGUGAGACCUGCCGCGCAAUAGUAGGAAACGGUAGUCUUGCUCCUCAGUCAUGGAACAAAUGCGCACUUCAAUUACUCCGGCCGAUUACGUAUACGCCAGACCACGAAACACGGGUUACAUUCAGACGACGCCCAGGGAAUGUGCGAACUCUCAAAAUGCUCCUGGAUCGACAUUUGGCUCUCCUUGUCCUCUGCAAUUCCACAAGCACUUGCGCAUCGUCCGCCAUUGUGAAUAGUCUGACGACCCUGUUGGCGAAGAACUAUAAGCUCACUCCGCUGUAUAUCGGGUUGUGCUAUCUGCCUUUCACAUUUGGAGGACUGAGCACCCGCUGGACUGCAGGAUUAUUAGCCGAUCGAUUGUUCAGGCGUCAGGCGCGCUCAGUGGGGAUAGACGUUCAACCGAACCGGCAGUCUCCAAAGCAACUGCGACGCAUACCACUCGAAAGGGCACGCCUAGGUCUUACCUUGCCAUUCAUUUAUCUUUAUUGCCUCUGCGUAGUUGCGUACGGCUGGGUGAUGGAUUACAAUGUCCACCUAGCGGGUCCUCUGGUCAUCUUGUUUCUUUGCGGGAACGCGAGCGGAGGCGUGAGCAAUACCAUCAACAUGCUCGCUGUGGAUUUGAAUGCCGAUAGGCCUGCUUCAACCCGUGCUGCCAUGACUUUAGUGGAUCGAUUGGUUUCAGCUGGCGCUGUUGCGGCUGUGGCACCUUUGAUUGACCUUAUUGGCAUUGGCUGGGUUGGAGUUGCCCUGGCGGCCCUGAUGAUAAUUGCUACACCAGCCCUAUGGACUCUGUAUUUUCAGGGGCAAAGUUGGAGAGAGGCGCAGGAAUUUGAAGAAGACUGA